AUGAAGUGGGCCAUUGUUGUGUGUGCCAUGGUGGCACUGUCAGAGUGCCUCGUCCAGGUCCCUCUGGAGAAGGGCAAGACAGCCAGGGAGAUCCUGGAGGAGCAGGGUCUAUGGGAGGAGUACAGGCUCAAGUACCCAUACAACCCCAUGGUCAAGUUCGAUAAUAGCUUUGCCGUGGGCACUCAGUCCAUGACUAACGAUGCUGAUCUGGCUUACUUUGGAAUCAUCUCCAUUGGAACUCCUCCUCAGUCCUUCAAGGUCGUCUUUGACACCGGCUCAUCUAACCUGUGGGUGCCCUCCACCUACUGCAGCAGCCCAGCCUGCAACAACCAUGACAAGUUUAACCCCGGCCUAAGCAGUACCUACAGGCAAAACGGCGCUUCUCUCAGGAUCCAAUACGGCACCGGCAGCAUGAUUGGUUUCCUUGGAUACGACACUGUGACGGUGGGUGGGUUCGCUGUGCAGAAUCAGAUCUUCGGUUUGAGCACAAGUGAGGCUCCCUUCAUGCAGUACAUGCGUGCUGAUGGUAUCCUGGGCUUGGCAUACCCACGCCUGUCUGCUUCCGGUGCUACACCUGUCUUCGACAACAUGAUGAAGCAGGGCCUGGUCAGCCAGGACCUGUUCUCUGUGUACCUGAGCUCUAACGGUAACAGCGGCAGUGUGGUGACCUUUGGAGGAAUUGACCCCAACCACUACUCUGGCUCCAUCUCCUGGAUCCCCCUCUCUAGUGAGCUGUACUGGCAGAUCACAGUGGACAGUGUUACCGUCAAUGGCCAGGUUGUUGCUUGCAAUGGCGGUUGCCAGGCUAUCGUGGACACUGGCACUUCUCUGAUUGUUGGACCUCAGAGCAGCAUCAGCAACAUCAACCAAGUGGUGGGAGCUUACAGCCAGAACGGAAACGAUAUGGUCAGCUGUAACAACAUUGGCCAAAUGCCUGAUGUGACCUUCCACAUCCAGGGACAGGAAUUCACCCUUCCAAGCUCUGCCUACGUUCGUCAGUCUUACUAUGGCUGCCAUAGUGGCUUUGGCAAUGGAGGAAGCAGCCUGUGGAUCCUGGGUGAUGUCUUCAUCAGACAGUACUUCUCCAUCUUCGACAGAGGCCAGAAUAGGGUGGGUCUGGCCAGGGCUGCAUAAGCUGCCUGAACUCACCAUGCUGAAGAGCCGUGAACAAUCAUGUGUACCCUGUGAUUUCCAACAUGCCUAGACUUAAA